AUGUCGACUCUUUCUCCGGAUGCAAGCAACAAGGAUAUGACCAGAGGCUAUCGCAGUAUGUCGAACAUGGACCCCCUGCACGCACACCCGCAGCACAUCCCGCCACGCCGGCCGGAACAUCCAUCUAGCAGCCGAUCGAAGGGGACAAUUGCGCCAGGUCAAAGAACCAGAGUCGAAACGCAAUACAGGCCUCCACUGCCAGCCACUCGACCUAUUGUUCGCUCGAGGUAUACCUCGCCAGAGGAUGCAUCAAAGACUGCUGUGCCGCCGGUCCCACUCCAGCGUUCGAGCGGCUCGACUGGACGCGUCUAUAGCUCCUCGACCCGGCCAUUUUCCAGGAGCCAGAGCCCGGUCAUGACACUCCGCAUCUUGUCACCGAGCAGAGAAGGAACUCGAGGCAAGAAAAGCCAGGAAGACCAAGAGAACCAGCGCGUUCAUGGCUCCUGGGAGUUUCCCGUCCCGCCUCGGGGCCUCGUACGAUCUGGGAACGUCAAGCAGGCUUCUCCCAAGCGACGACGUCUACCACUGAGAGAUUCGAUUCUUCUGAAGCGCAAGGACUCGUCUGAUUCCUCUAAAGCUGGCGCGGAGACAUCAGCUAGUACGCCGCGCAAACCUCCCCCAUCGUCGGAUCCACAGACGCCAUCAAAGGCUACGGAAUCCAUGAGCAUGCCGGUGACCCCGUCUAAAGCGAGGAUGCCGGAUCUGCCCAGGUAUGCGUGUAAAUCGAGGCCACCACCGUUCCAGUUGUUAGCUUACCCGGCCAUCAGACUUGGAGCCCGUUCCCAAGAUCAGCCUCAAAGCGAGAGCUAUUCACAGAACCAGCCUGCGCGCCUGCCGCCAAGAGAGACCAAUCUAGAAACUUGCCACAAGGCUAUCAAGGCUUCAAACGAUGAUCCAACAGAUGGCGAGAAGCCGUUGGUGUCUCGCAUAUGUUCCAUGAUCUUGGACGAGGAGUUUGGCGCCGGCGCUGACAGAUCCUCGACUCCCCUUAAAGUCUGGGACUCUGUGGUAAGAUGCCUCGAGGACAUUUCGCACCUCGCACAACCAGGGGACGCUACCAACGGGAGCGAAGGGCCAUCUUCGGCGCGUCUGGCUCUGGAAUCGAAGUCGCUUCAGCGGACGGGAGGUAGAGCGGGUAGUCAGCUCGGCACUGCCGGGGCGGAAGGAAGCAUUGGGCAUUCUUCUAAACGAGACACAGAUUCCAGCGGGGGGUCUAUUGUCGACUAUUAUUCCUGGCGUCAUCACAAAGGUAGCAGUGGUAGUCAUGUCGAGUUGCUACCAUGCCCUUAUAGGCUUCGCAAUCCAGCGCGAUUUAACGUCAAUGACAAGUGGCAUUGCGUCAACGGAAAAUGGAAAGACUUUUCAGACUUGCAAAAGCAUAUCGCAAGGGAUCAUAGGCGAGGCGGCGGUGCUCAUCUCUUUCAAUGCCCGCGAUGCGAAGAUGGGUUCUCAGAUUCCAUGGCAUUCAAGCACCACUUGAUGCUCCCAAGAGAGCAAAUGUGUGAGGCGAGAUCCGACAUUGAUUCUGAGUGUGCCGAUCCCGAAGAUGGUCUCAGCGGUGCAAGAGCACAACACCUUUCAAAGCAGAUAGAGAAUGAGGAUUUCGAAUCUUGGGACGACCUGUGGAGGUGGUUAUUCCCUUCGGAUAGGGUUGUACCGCGGCCCGUUGCCUUGCCCGCCGUAGAGCUUCCGCUAGUAGAACAGGAAGUCUUCGCGGCCGGCAACAUGUCGAACCUGAAGGCUAGCUUGGAGGAGCGCCUAAGGUUCCUCGCCUCGCAGUCUGCCGAUAGCGACUCAUUUUCUGCGCAGAUUCCCGUCAUCACUGCGUCCCUGUCACUGGAUGUUGAGGCUCACCUCAGAAGCGUAUUCAUCUCUUGCCGCAACCAGCCACCUAUUCCUUCCGGGAAGUCGUCAGCAACAAAUGAGACGGCCACUGGUCGAGCACGAAAUCUGUCGUCUGCAUCAAGCUCAAGCAACAGAAGUAUAAACAGGUUCCCCCAGCGCGGCCCUACCAUUGCCGUGAACGAAACCAAGGGGUCCGCAUGGGACGGCCCCAGCCUUCAGCGUCAACGCCAGAGAAGCAACAGCGACGAAGCGAGGCGUCAAAAGCUGACGCGGGCCGCAACGCUGCCAGUGCCGACGAUGCUUACGAUACCGUUCCCGCGCAUAUCGGCCUUGACGGAGCAGUCUGACGUGGGCCCCAGCCCGGUCUCAGAACACCAAGUCUCGCCGAAAGCCCACUCGGACGCCGAGUACUCCUCGGGAGUCGAGUCAACACCGAGCAGCGCCGGCGGCUACCGGGAAUCCACCAACACGAUAGACAUCCGGUGCAGCAAGUGCAACAUGCGACCAAGCCUCCGGCCGGACGAGGACAUCUUCUCGGACCCGCCCCGCGUCAGCGCCCGCGUCAGCGGGUCCUCGGUGGCCUUGGGGGCCGUGGACUCAAUGUGCAGGUUCUCUGAUUCCGGGAUCGGGAUACUGUGCAAGAGCUGCCGGAUGCUCGAGGAGCUCAUCAAUUCGUACUCGCGGGCCUCGUCGCAGUCGUCGGCGAAAUCUGGACGGUUGAGCCUGCCGGUGGCGGGUGCCGCGAGGAGCGCCACAACGAGUGCGACCACGAGCUUGAACACGGCCCCGACGACGGCGCCGCCGUUUUCGCCGAAUCUGUCUGUUUCGGUGGAUGAGAGCGAGGAGGAGACGCUGUUUGACUUGAUACUCGACUCGGCGACGUAUCUAGACGAGGACGGGCAGCGCAAGACGGAGGUUGUGUCGCCCAUGUUUCCGCCGCCGCAGAUUGGAUUUUCGGAGUACGAUCGUUUUGGACACGGCGACAAUUUCUUUUGA